AAAGAGAGUGACCACGGUGCGGCGGAUAAAAAAAAGACUACGUGAAACUUACUCGUUUCAUUAUUCGAAUCGAGUAAAAGUACUUGGGUUGGUGCAAUUAACGAGCUCCCAGGAAUCCUUACUAGAGUUUCGCGUGUACGUGUUUAUGCAUACGUGUGCCGUCCGGUAUACCUGUUCCCUAUCGCGCCAUGAUAUCUGAGGCUAAGUGCUUAGCGAUGUGUUCGAGCGAAAAGACCACGGCGUCUACCUUCCGUCAAUUUUACUAAUAACCCAAUGUGUAAUGUUGUGCUCGAAUAUAAUAUCUAUAAGAAAACUAAUUUUCUUCUCACAGUGGUUUCUGUAAAUAUUUCUUUGCCGUAAAAAGAGAAAGUGAUAUAGGUAUCUCCUUCGAAGUCGAGCCAAGCUCAUCACUAAAUGCAUACGCGUGACAGGCAGAACGAACCGUGUCCGUGAAGGUAGCCGUGCGCGAGUGUGCGGUAAGUUGGCGCGUCCACGGAGUGGGGAGAGACGUGCGCGCAUGCGCGAACCGUGCGUAGUACACACGGCCAAUCGUGACGUCACGCAACGCCCGAUAACACUUUUGUUGUCGUCGGGCUGUCGUCGUACGUAUGGUGCGAUUACGCGUGACGCACAGAUCAGUUCCAGCCACCAGCGACUACGUCUCACGCGAAACGCGAGUUUUCUUUUCUCCGCUACCAUUUCGUGAUCGAACACGAACCAACUGUCACGGAACAACAUAUAUAUAUAUAUAUAUUUUUUUAUUAGUUUGUUAACGGGCUUUGUUUGCCCGACACGGUUAUCUCGUGGUACCGCUGGUCGCUCGGUUUUCUGGUUUCCUUCGCUCGUGUCGCACAAAGGAAUGUGGAAAGUAGUGUAGUGAGCGUACGCCCGACGUUACAGUUUUGCAUAGUUCGAAAACGCUAAGAUGAGAUUGGAGGAAGAUUUAGUAAUUCGUAGGAGCAGACCCACAAUGAUUUCCGCCAAGUAUCGCGCGAGAGAAGAACGCCGUCGCCUGUUGAAGAUUUCGGCCGGCAAAUUGAGGAGGAUCGAGGAUCCAGAGGCCAGCCUCUGUAGAUCGGUUCUGAUAAACAAUGCCGUUAGGCGAUUGCAACGAGAAAAUCGGGACGAAAAGACGAGGAAUUACGGUCUUCCGGUGGUCACAUAUCUGAACGACUCCACGAAAGAGAACAACGUUUCUAGUAAUCUUAUCGUCGGCGUGACGGACGACGAGACGUCCUCGAGGAAAAGAUUGAACGACGACUCGAGGAACGAGGGACUCGGUACGAAGCGACAGAGGCACGACGACCUCGACCUUCAGGACGACGUGUUCAGCGACUUCUAUAUCCUUCCACCUACCCCGCGAUUGCUCUCUCAUAUCGACGAGGUUCAAGAGCCUGAAUCCCCGCAUCACCAUCAUCUGGUAUAUCCAGAGGAUCGUUUAGGAUCCGUGGAUGUUCGGUCAGGCAGCACCAUCAUCAACACGAGUACCGCGGGCACAACGACGAACGGGAAUUCCGCCGCGUCCGCGGCCAGUUGUUGCAAUUCCGUGAUGUUCCCUAGCGAGUUGGACGACGCGAGUAGCCAAUUGACCGGCGUCACGAGAUCCAGUGACGUUGGCAUGAUGGAGGCAUCGGACGUGGUCGAUCCGGACAGGAUCUGCGAUUUCGCGAGGUUCGCGGAUUCCGCGAAAAGCUUGGAAGAACGUUUGGUUGAACUGCAAUCGUUGGACGAACAUUUCGAUCUAGCGAAAUUCGAAAGAAAUAACAAUCAAAGUUGCGGCAGAGCAUUCCACGAUAUCCAAACCUUCCACAGCUUAGUGCCCGGUUUGGAGACCUAGAAGGGAGCCUCGUGCCUCGAGCACCCUCCUAUCGUUGUGUCUGGCUCGACGGAGAAUCACGACCACGACGACGACGAUGCGGGUAGACGGCUUCGCGGCACACACGAGGAACCACGGCGAGGAUGAACCUGGACUGGAAGGUGAAGAACGCUGCCUUAUCAACGGCAGCUACGGUUCCCGGCUCGAUCGGUGCACCAGAGUCGCUCAAUGACUAACGGGGUAUGCUCGCGGUCGGUAUACGAGCAGACACGGAGGGUGCAUGUCGUACCAAACGGAGUCGAAUUAAAGAAGAAGAAAGAGGAGGAGUAAGAGAGGAAGAGAUGAAGAGGAAGAAGCAUAGGGGCCCCUUUUGGAUCAGCUGCAACUUCGAAUAGCUUGUUCGAAGGUGCAGCUGUGGCCUAGCAUGUCGCUACCAACAAAAUGGAAUACCCAAUUGUUUCCUUCUGUUUUCCUUUGCAGUUCGUACGAUGCAAAUCAAAUGCAAUCGACGGAUAAAAUCUAGGAAAAGAAAGACUGUUCAAGAACGAGACUAUAUAAACCCGAAUCGGUGUGUUUUUGGCUAUAGGACACGGUCACGGAUAUUUCUUUAGAAUUCGAUGGAAUAUUUUCGUUGUACGUACGAGUGUCGGUACCAAAAUCUCCUGGAACACGCGUUACUUUAUGUAAUUUGUAUAUAUUCGAGUACGUUCGUAAGAGCACAUUAAUGAUAAUAUUAUAGAUCAAUUUGUAGUGAAAAAAAUUCACGGAGAAAGUAAACGCUGAGAAGCGAGAAAAACACUGAACGAGAUGCGCGUGUACGUGUAUAAAUGCCUUUAGAGUAGCUGUGAAUCGAUGUAAAAGUGACGUACGGUGAAAAAGAAAAAGAAAAAAAAUUGGAUGAAUUUACUACUGCGCGAUAAUGCCACAAUGGGCCUUCAAUUUCUAUUUCUAUUUAAGAUAUUUCCUUCGUAUUCUGUCGUGAUCCACGAAACGAGCAAUUAGUUUCUCGCAAACGAUUCCUCCGCCAAACUUUUCGUUUUCGUAUAGCGCGUCGAUAGUUUCUGGUUGGUCGAAAAGGAUGCCGAAUUAGAAUGAUCAAGAGUGUUCAAAAUAUCCACAUACAGUGUCACAAAAUCAAUUCAAAGUAUUUUUUCCUUCUUUGUUCUCUUUGAAAGCGGAUCGUUGGACGUUUGUUUCUCGCGUGGUAUUUUUCUUCUUUUUUUGUUAACGUUUUUAUUUUAACGAUGAAUCGCGUUAGCUAGCUACGUCGGUUUGUAAAGUUUCGAAUUUUUGUUACGACUCGUAUACACGAUCCUGUAUAUAAUGUAUUGUUUUUAGGGGUAUGUAAAUGAAUAAGUUCAGUUCGAUAAGCUGUAUACACCCACAUGCGCGCUAGGCUACUCUCGGUUCAGGGAUUUCAUACGAUUGAAUAAGUGAAAGAAAAAGCUCAAAUUGAAAAUUAAAAAAAAAAGAGAAAAAAACAAUCAACGAAUUAACCGUGAGUAGCCUAGCAUUCACAACGUCGUACGGUAUAAGGUAUAAACAGUGCGGUCCACGAGAGAGCUCUUUGCACCUUAUGCUUCCCCACCAUCUCCAUUUUCCUUCAAUCUCCCUUGCAACCAGGCCAACAGUUCCGGAACCACACGACUCUCCCUACCCUGACAAACAUAUACACAUGUAAUCUCCACUUGUGGAGUGUGUGUGGCAAGUGCAUACGAGCACGUGCACCUACUUACAUAAAGGUGAGAAACCGUCUGAUUCCCUAAAGGACUCUCGUGGUCGGUACUGUAUUACAACAUGGACUCUGCAAUGCUUGGUCCCUUCAAUUCCUUUUACGUCGUCUUCAUGGUAUACCUUGACGAAGGACCAAGAGAAUUCACUGUUGUGUGUUUACGUAAAUGCUGGAAAUCGGUUGGUGGUGAGCUUCUAUGCAGCUUACUUAGUGCUGUCUAUUGGUGAACAUUCCGAGAGUUAGAUACUGCCGAUGAGAAAAACACUCGUGUUAGUUAUUCCAUGUCCGAAAUGUCGAAGGAACCUUGAAGCUUAAGUAAAGACAGCACUGCAUUAAACUUAUCGACGUUCAAAGUUCAAAGAAAUGCUAAAACAGAAAUGGGAUGAUCGAUGUGUGUCGCGUAUGCAGCUGAUUUUUUUCUUUUUACAUUCGACCAUUUUUGUAUGUUUCGUAGGAUCGACAGCCCUUGUAUCGUUUCCACCGAGAGCAUAGAAAAAUCCGAUCAACCUUUUAUACACGUUCGUUCCCUCGUCUUUCUGCCACGUAAUAACGAUAUUUGAAUCCGCUCGGUUUCGUCAGAGACGUCAAGGCGAUGACGAAUCUGCUGGUAGAAACGUGUUUGUAAAUUGAAAAAUCGAUUAUUGGAAAUAGAAAGAAUGAGGAAAGCGUGGAAACGAUGUAAAGAGAAAUCCAAUCUUCCUUUCGAUCGUUUGGAUCGCGUUUCGAGGGUUAUCUUGCAUCCGCUGAGAGGACCGAUUCUUGAUCCGUGGUUCAACGCGAUUCACACUGUAAAUAGCUAUGUUAGCACCCCUCAAGCAACUAGUUAUGUAUAAAGUUUCGUACGUUGUUUAGGUUUUUAGUACUAGUUAUCCGAGAUCAGUUACCAAUUAUACGAACAAAUUGCAAAUAUACCGCAAAAAUAUAA